GGUCAUUGAUACCGUUGGCACCUUGUGAUCUAAUAUCCCACCGUAUUAGCGCGCUCUGCAGGUCGCAGGACGGCAGCGAGACACCAAUUGCGCUGCAUGUGCUAUGCAUCACGGCAAAUGCUGUGGCGGGUGCUUGAUGCAGGUUCUCCGAUGAGUUUAGUACAGAGAUCGAGGUUGCUCGCUGACUGAAAAUUCUUCGUUCCGCGACCCUCGCUGUCUGACAGUCUGACAGUCUGACAAUCUGUCUGUUUGACUGACCGACGCCUUCCAGUCCCCCUCGCAUUGCACCUUCCGUCAAGCUGAGCUUACCCCACAUCAUUAUUUACGAGGGGAGUCACGACCGGAGCUUCAAGUUGCUCAGAAGGAAUUCAUUGAAAGCGCCUGGGACAUAUCCGGCCUUCACCUUUUUGCUAAGAGGGCCAAUUUGGCUCGUUUCGACUGGCCCAGCAAGCUGACGAUUUCGAUAUGUCUCUCUACGUCGAUGACGACCGCCGACGCGACAGGUCGCGCUCGCGUGACCGUCGUUCCCGCAACGAUCCCCCGGAGAGACCUCCGUACGGCGAUGUCAGGGAGCCUUCAUAUGUCUACCCGGAGGACGAUCUCGACAGCCGAUACCAACCGCGUGAAACGAACCAGGGUGGUGGCGUGCCUUACCCGGUAGAGGGUGGCAUUCACCAAAUGUUGCCUGGGGAAGACAGGCUGUACAACUACGAAGACUAUCCGCCCGCGAAACGCGCCGCAUCGCCGCACCGAAGCUCCCGCGAAAAGGAAGGAGGCAAAUCGACGGCUUCAUACCCAGGAGCUUUCCCGGACGACGACCAGGGACCACCCAGCAUCGUCACGGCCGAGCCACGGGAGUCCAAGCGGGAGAAACGAGAGCGGAAGGCGCGAGAGCAAGAAGACGACAGCGGGCGACGAAGUCGGUACACCGAGGCGAAGGAUGAGCGAGUCUCCGAAGACGAAAGACUCAAGUCUCUGCCGCAGAAGUACGCCAGCCGCCGCCCUGAGAUCAGAGAGCCUCGACAUGAUGGUUCUCAUGGCCUGAAAGGCUCGGAUGACGAGAAGCUCAAGUUUCUGCCCGCCAAGUACAGUGCGCCGUUGAGCCCCGCCAACGACAAGCCAAGGGACAGGCCCGGCAGACAAGAUCUCGACGAUGACAAGUUCAGGUUCCUGCCAUUCAAGUACAGUGGCAAAAAGGAUGAUGAGGAUUCUCAUUCGUCUGAUCGCGAGGACAAGCUCGAGCGGCGGAGGCGCAAGAAGGAGCGCGAUGAGGACGACCUGGCCUACGGCAAGCCUCCGGGCCCGUCACGGUCUGAAAGGACGGGUUCGCCCCAAACAUAUGGGAGCUACUUGUCAGGAUCCCAGUGGGAAGAUCGACCUUCUUCCAAGUAUCCUGAGGAUGACCCGCGGCGACGGACGCUGAGUCCACGCCCAGUCAGCCCUGCUGUUGAAGAUCCUAGGCGGUCGGCUCGCUUUGAGGACUACCGCGAGCAAGACCCUCGCCGAUCACGACCUGAUGUUCUCACGGUCGACCCAAGCGACAGGAAUAGGGGGUCAUCUCGCGACCGUCGCCGAGACAAGUCCCCCAAUCCUGCCGGCCUAACAGUGGACACUGGCCACCAUGAGCGUGAAAGAUCCAGGGAACGGCGAGGUACACGCGACAGAUCGCCUCAACCGCCGACAGACCGCAUGUCCACUCUGUCUGUCGAUACGGGCAGACCGUCAAACAUGUCACUCACCGCUGCUCCUCCCUCGCCGCUUCUGGAGUCAUACCAAGGCACGUACCAGGACUGUUCGCCCAUGCCCUCGCCUCUGCUACUCCCCUCGGGCCACCCGAGCGACGACCCCCGGAUCUUGGAAGCCAUCUCGCCCAUCGGAUCUGACAGCGAGCUCGAUGGCAAGAAGCGUAGCAGACGCGCCCGAUUCCACGACCCUGAAGACAUCACAACCCGCUUGGCCAAUGCUCUGAAAGGUGAUGGCCCGCCUGACAAGCGCGUGCUCACCGAGAUCUUGCCAAGCCUGACGCACGAGCAGGUCAUGGACUUGCGAGCAGACUACAAGAGCCUUGUCAAGACCGGUUCUCACCGCAAGGGCGUCAACAUUGCGAAACACAUUCGGGCCCGUCUCAAGGAUGAGAACCCCAACCUUAUGAAGGCAUGCUACUCUGUCGCACUAGGUAUGUGGGAGAGUGAGAGCUACUGGGCCAAUUUCUGGUAUCAAGGCGACAAGACUCGCCGUGAGCUUCUCAUCGAGUCGUUGAUGGGUCGCACAAACGAGGAGAUUCGACAGAUCAAGAGCGCCUUUACGGACAAGAAAUACGACAACAGUCUCACAAAGUGCAUGAAAACCGAACUCAAGGAAGACAAGUUCAAAAAGGCCGUCCUCAUGGUGCUGGAGGAGCGCAGGAUGGACGAUUACGACCACAACGGUCGCAAGAUUCCUCUUGACUACAAGCUGGUGGACCAAGACGUUGACAGCCUGCGCCAAGCCAUCAAGGCUGAAAAGGGAGGCGAGAGUCUGAUGAUCUCCAUUGUUGUGCAACGCAGCGACAACCAUCUACGUGAAGUGUUGAAGGAGUACGAUCAUGUGUAUCGCGCCAACUUUGCUCGGGACUCUCUGAAGAAGAGCACAAACUUGGUUGGUGAACUCCUGGCACACAUCCUCAACGGCGUCAUCAAUCGCCCCGUCCGCGACGCUUUACUCCUCCACCACGCUAUCACCACGUCACGCAAGGAUGAGCUGCGUCACGAGCUGUUGACUUCGCGGCUUGUGCGGAUUCACUGGGAUGCCGCGCACAUGUCUGCGGUGCGCAAGGCCUACCGGUCGCGCUACGAGAGGGAGCUACAGGAGGCCGUCGCAGAGUCCACGAGCGGGCAAUGGGGUGCCUUUUGUGAGGAGCUCUGCAUCGCGAGGGUGCCCAACGAUGUAAGGCGCGUGGAAAGGAUCUCCUCGCGUCGAUGAGAGCAGUAAACAAUACGUCGAUGAGAGCAGUAGACAAUACCUAGACCCAAAAUGAGCGUGAUUU